AUAAUAUUAAUAUUAAAUUACUUCGAUUUUAGUGAUAUUCUUCAAAAAUAUUCGUAAUUUGUGAAAAACCGCGUAAAUGAAAUAACGUCGAUAAUGUAGAUUCCUAUAGUACAAUGAGAUCACUUUACCAAUUGAAUUUUGUUUCCAUGAAUUUGGUAACACUGAAUCGUAUGUUAAAAGCGCGCUAUUGUGCAUCACGUAAAUAUAUUCUAAAAUCUAAUAAAUAUAUAAAUAUUUUUUUUUUUACUUUGAUUUAAUUAUUUCAUAAAGAUUAGGUUACAUUGUAAAUAAUGACUAGUUCAGUUAGUACAAAUCCAUCAACAUUAUUACCAUUAGAAUUAGUUGAUAAGUGUAUUGGAUCAAGAAUACACAUUAUCAUGAAAAAUGACAAAGAAAUAGUUGGUACUUUAUUAGGAUUUGAUGAUUUUGUAAAUAUGUUAUUGGAAGAUGUGACAGAAAGUGAAGCAACACCAGAAGGUAGAAGAGUUACAAAAUUAGAUCAAAUUCUUUUAAAUGGUAGCAACAUUACUAUGCUUGUACCCGGCGGUGAGAUGCCAGACACAUAAAAUUACGAUUCACCUUUUUUUUUUUUUCAUACAUUUUCGAUAUAUUAUUAUUAUUAUUGUUAUUAUCUGUAAACAUCAUUA